AUGGGAAAUUCUAUAGAGAUUAAUCAGACUUUGUGCUACUCCACCAUCCAAGGCUAAGAAAUACUUCUUCCUUUUAAAGGGUUAAAGGGAAAGCAAAACUUUCCAAAAGUGCCUCCGAGGGAAAAAGAUAUCGAGACUAUGUUUCAAAAAUGGCUGAGCAAAAUUGUUAUUGGAAGAAGGGAAAAGGAGAAACUGAAAGGAAUUCCUCUUAAAUACAAAUUUAGGUUGUGUUGCAAACAUGAUUAAAUCAUGUAAGAGAUAACUAAAGGAGAAUAAUAUAAAUAGAAAGUUAUGCAGGAAACAGAUAAGCUAAUCCAGAAAGUGUUAUCUCAACAAGAUGUUAUAUCAUUAGAAGCAUUGUCAAGAAACUUAACUAAUGAUGAACUUCUUGAACAUAAAGUAACUUUGAUAGCCAAAGUGGAUCUCAUUACAAAAUUAGUGGUAGAACUGAAAACUUAGGAAUUGUUAUCCAGAAAUUCCAAAAAUUUUAGAGAUUAAAUUGUUAUUAUCAAAAUAUUUGAAAAGCUGUUACACCAUGAAUCAGGUGUCUAAUUAUUGUGUGACACAUCUAAUUUCUUCUAAAUCAUGUUUAGUACAUUUCAUCCUGUAGAACCAGAAAUUACAGGAUUGAUGCUAUAAGUAUUAGGGGGUAAGUCUGGCUUAUGUUGGUAACCUGAAUGUUUGGAUAACAUCCUUGAUGCCAUGACUGAGUUUUAAAAUAAUCACAGAUUAUAAACUAAAUUUGAUGUAAUAAUCCGAAGUAUUUACUAUACGAAGAAUUUAAUUAUCAUUUAUCAUCUGCUUUAAUUUUUGUUUAACUUUUUAUUUUCAGUUGAGAAACCUGAAUCUGAUGCAUUAAAUAAAGAAUUAUUGGAAACAGUCAUAAAUGGGAAGAGGAUUGAUGAAAUAUUUCAAUAAGUGAAAAUUAGAAUUGUUAAAGAUUAUUAUUAAAUUGAAGAAUGCACUUAUUAAGGCGUAAGGUAAAAAUUGGCUCAAUUCUAACAUCCCCUUGUUGAAAAAUUAAAUCAAGAUAAUGAAUUUUUUUCAAUGUCGAGAUUCAAAACCAUUACAGAAAAGCCUCCCAAAGAUUCUAUCAAACCUAAUGUUGAAUUUGAUCUUGAAGAAACUGGGAGAAUUAAAUUUGAGAAUUGCUUCUAUUUUGAAUAGCAUGAUAUUAAAUUAUUUAGCAUUUUGAAAGUUCAAAUUUUUGAACUCAUGGACGGUAUUUUAAACAUUGAUUCAAUCUUAAUCUAAAUUGAAAAUGAUGAAAUGGAACAAACCGAAAUUAUUUCUAAUCCAAAUGAUGUCUUUAAUGAAAUGUAAACUUUGGCUGAAGUUGAUGAAGAAGAGGAAGAAGACAAUGAUAACAGACUGGUCAGCUUUUCAAAAAUAAAGAAUAAUGAUUAAUUUAGAAAUUAAGGCAAUAUGAUCAAAUAUGCUAAUGCUAAUUUACAAUAAGAAUACAAUGCAUUAGAAGAAAAACAUUAAAUUCUAUUUUCUAAAUAUGAAGAGAUGGAAAAAUAAUGCCGAGAAUUAUAACUCAAAUUGAUUGAUGAACAGGAUAAAACUAAAAAACUUGAAGAAUAAAAUGAAAAACUGAUAUAUCUUUCAACAAGUCAAAAUUAAGAUUAAAUUAACAAUUUAGUAUAAGAAUAAAUCGAGUUUCUUAAACAAUAACAUUCAUUGUAAAUCAAUUCAUUAACAGAUGAGUUGACUUUAUUGAAAGACUAAGUUUAAAACUCGAAUUUCGUUGAAAAUUAGCUAAUAAAUUAAAUUGAAAUGGAAAGAACAAAAGUUCAAACCUAGAAAUAAUAAAUUGAUUUAUUACAACGAUAUAUUGACCAAUAUGCCUCAAUGCCUAUUUCAGAUAAAGUUGAUGAACAAUAAACUGAAACACAGAUGUCUUAAACAGCUAUUUUGAAUACUGAUAAAGAUACCUAAGUAAUUUUACCAGAAACAAAAUCCAAAGAAGAUUCUUAAUCUGAAAAAUAAGAAAAAUAAACUGAUAAAUCAGAAUAAAAUUAAAUACCUCAAAAGGAUAUAUUAGAUUAAGAUAAUUAGAACUAAUUAAAUGCUAAUAAUAAUUAAAAUAAACAAAUAGAACAAAAGAAUGAAAUUAUAAUUGAAAAAAAGUAAAUGAUCCACUCUGAAUCAUAAACUAUUCAAAAAAUCUAUGUAACUAAAGAAGUUUAAACUACUUUUGAAUUUCCACCUAAUCCUUCUACUUAGGUAACCGCUUAAGAACAGAAGGAUAAAUAACUUAUUCCACCUGCUGAACCAAUUAAAAUAAAUGUAGCUUCUCCUCCUCCUCCUCCACCACCACCACCUCCAAGUUUAAAAAGCGGUGGUCCUCCUCCACCCCCGCCACCUCCUCUAAAAGGUGCUUAAUAAGCUCCAAAACCAUCAGAUUCUCCAUUUCCUUUCAAUAAAAAAGAACUUAUUCCAUCUGUUCCUACUAAACCUUUAAAUUGGAUUUUGAUAUAACCUUAGAAUAUGAAAAAUACAAUAUAUGAAUAGAUUUAUUAGGAAUCCUAUGACAUAGAUACAAAAUACCUAGAAACAUACUUUUAUAAGAUUUAAUCUGCUUCAUCUUCUUAAACCCAAAAUAGUGAAAAUUAGAUUGUUAAGAAAGUCGUGUAAACUAAAAUACAAUUAAUCGCAACAGACAGAUCCAAAAAUAUUGAAUUAGUCUUAGGAAAAAUUAAGAUACCAAAUGUUUUGAUUAUGAAAUCUCUAUUAUCAAUUGAUUUAAAUAUACUGACUGAUUCUGCAAUAGAUUCUCUUGAUACCAUAAUCCCCACUGAUGAAGAAAUCAAGACUAUCAGUGAAUUCUAAGGUCAAAGGGAAUUGCUAGGAGUUGUUGAAACUUUUAUUGACAGCAUUAGAUAAGUGAAUGGAUUUUAAUUUAGAAUUAGAUCAUUAAAAUUUAAAUCAGUUUAUGAUGAUUAUAGAUAAGAUUUAAUUGAUAAAAUGACCAUUUUAACUUCAAGAUUUUAAGAAAUAAGAAAUUUAUAAGGAUUAUAAAAGAUAUUAUUGAUAACGUUGAAUAUUGGAAACUUUUUAAAUGCUAAGACUCCUAGAGGCACAGCUUUGGGUUUCAAAAUAGAGGCUCUUGACAUUUGUGCUGAAGUCAAAACAUCAGAUAAUCUAAAUAAUAAUUUAUUGUUGUACAUAAUCGAAAAAACAGAGUAAAUAAUAGGAGGAGAAAUUAUUUCUGAAGAAAAAAUGAAAGCAUUUGAAGUUCUUUAGAGAGUACCAGUCCAUUAAUUAGUGGUUGAUUUGGGAGACAUCAAAAAAGGUUGUAGUUUUAUAAAAAAGGCUAUGGAAUCAUAAACAGAUGAUCAAUAGGAUUUAGUAUAAUAAAAAUUCAAGGAUGGGUAUGAAUCUAUUACAAAGGACAUUGAGGAACUAGACAAGAGGAUUAAUCUUUUAGAGGAAGAAUACAAACAAUGUGCUUAAUUUUAUGGUGAAAAUCCAAAAGACCCUUCAGAUAAAUUUGGUGAUAAAAUUUUAAAAAUAUUCAGACAGAUUUUAAGAUAAAAAUUUGAGAAAUUAUAAAGGGAAGAAAGAGCAAAAAGAUAAGAAGCACUAAAAAAAAGAUAAAUGUUGAAAAGUACACCAUUAACAGCAAGAAGAGCAGAUGAAGGACCUAAACCACCUCCAAAAGAAGCCUAAAGACAAUCAGUGUUAAAACCUAUACUACCAAGAUAAUCUAUUAAAGACCCAACAAAACUAGAAGUUCCUGGAAAUAAAGGUCCUAAAAAGAGUUUUAUAGCUAACGAAAUUAGUUAGCUUCGUCAGAUGAAAUAAGUUCGGGCUAGUAUUUUAACUAUUAACAAAAAAUGA